CAGUCAGUCAGGUGGAGUGGAGUCGGGAAUGAUCUUACAAAGUAACUUCUCGGAAUGAUUCCUCCUGCCUCAGGCACCAACAUCGGAUGUUUUUGGGAAAGUCACCCGCCGAACCUCCGUUUUGCACAAUCUCCAACGUCGGGCCAUCUCCUGCUCAGCUUGACUGACAUUUCGCGAUCCUCCCCCUCCACACCACCCCGUCAAUUGGACCCGAACAACCCCGCUGGGAUCAAUCACCAUGUCCGCUCCCUCCCUCGCCAGCUACAUCGUCAAGCGCCCCUUCCUCAAGCGCUGGAUGAUGCCCAUUGCCCAGUGGUACACCGAUGCCUCUGGCUACAGGAGACUCGGCUUGAAGGCUGAUGACCUGAUCCCCGAGGAGAACGACGUCGUCCAGAAGGCCCUCAAGCGUCUCCCUCCCAAGGAGGCCUACGACCGUAUCUUCCGCAUCCGCAGAGCAUUCCAGUGCUCCAUCUCCCACACCCUUCUUCCCGCUGCUGAGCAGACCAAGCCCGAGGAGGUGAGUCGAUUUCCGCGUUCUUCAAUCCGUCAAUUGUCCGUUCAGUUUCUCCGCAAAAACGCAUCGGCCAAUCCCGUGAGCGGGAUUUGUAACCCACCUGGGUUACUCCAUAUCGAUGCUUAUGUUGACUGGACUUGAUAUAUUGAUGUCCCUGAUAUAUUAUUUGACGCGUUUAAGACCAUAUUCGUGUGGUGGAUGCUAACUGUCAUCGUCCCCAGGAUG